AUGACUAUUCUGGAUAAUAUUCAUAUAGCUGCUACUCAAGCUUAUAAGGAGAAACAUAAAGCUGGGAUGAGAUAUUCCCCAGAAACAUUUUCACAUUAUCAAUUAGAUGUCUUAAGGGUGAUUUGUAUUGUUAGUUCUUCAAUAUCAAUAUUAUCAUGUUUUUGCACAUUUUAUACUUAUGGUGCAAUUCACCCUAAAAGAAAGAAGUUUAGACAUCAAUUAAUUUUUUUCUUGAUUAUAUUUGAUUUCUUAAAAGCUUUAUCAAUAUUAUUAUAUCCUAUUCUGUCAAUGGUUAGGAAAACUACUCAAAUUGGUCCUAAAACUAUAAAUUUCCUGGGAUUUUUCACUGCUUUAUCCAUUGAAGGUGGUGAUUUAGCCAUCUUAUCAUUUGCAGUUCAUACAUUAUUAUUAAUUUUUUACCCUCAAAGAACUGGUGGAUUAUAUUUCAUUAGAUAUUAUGUUUAUGUCUUUUCCGUAUUAGGACCAACAAUAUUGGCAUGUUUAGCAUUCAUUAAUGAAGUUGGUUAUGUGGAAUUAGAUAUUUGGUGUUAUAUGCCUGAGAGACCAACUUGGUAUAGAAUGGUGCUAAGUUGGGCACCUCGUUAUGCUAUAAUGUUGGCAAUUUUAAUAAUUUAUUCAACAAUAUAUUUUUAUAUUAUGAAACAAUUGAAAAGUCUUGAAGAUCAACAAAGAACAAUGAAUAAUUCAAAUGCAACUGAAUUUAAUUUACAAACUGGAUUUCAAUUAGAUAAUGAAGAAAAAUUAAAAACUCGUUACAAGAUUAUUGCAAGACAAACAAAAUUUAUUUUCCUUUAUCCAUUAGCUUAUUUUAUAUUAUGGAUCCUUCCAUUAGUUGGAAAUUCAUUACGUUUGGAUUUAAAAUCAAAUUAUGGACUUUCAGUUUUAAUUUCGUUCAUGCAACCUUUUAAUGGUACUAUAGAUACUUUAGUUUAUCUUUAUCGUGAAAAACCUUGGACUUUAACAUAUUCAAAUACACCAAAAUCUCCAUUUGCUUCUGAAGAACAUAUUUCAAAAUGGAGAACUUAUCUAAGUUGGUUACCAUUAUAUAAAAUCCCAAGUGAAGAAUCAAGAAGAAAUCAAACAUUUGAUGAAAAUUUACAAAAAAAUAUAAAUAUGGUUAAUGCAUUAAAUCCAGAAGAAUUCUUGAGGAAAGAUUCUAUUAUAGAUGAUUUGGAAAAACAUCAAGGUGGUGAAAAUUCAAGUAAUUCCACUGCAACUAAUAUUAAUUUAAGAUCAAUGGAUUUUAAUAAUCAUGAUUAUUCAGAACAUGAUCAUGAUCAUUCAAAUAUUCAAUCAAAUAAUUCGGAAAGUGAUGAUGAAAUUGAUAUGUUGGAUUUUUUAAAUAAAGGUCCCCAAUAG